AGACCAUCACAUGUUUGAAGGCCGUCGGACUCCUCCCAAAUGAAGGCGACUGUGCGUUUAUUCCGGCUUUGUCACAAAACGGUGGGGUGGAUGGACGAGUGCGACAGGGCGUCGCUCGCUUUCUGCUAAAAUCACAUUCUGUCAUUUCACUGAAACGAAGAAUCAUAGAGGGGACGUGGGGGACGCUUCCGUUAAUGGUCAAUUCACGUCGGAUGCAAAAAUGUCGAGGAAGACGACACGGAGCUCACUGAGGAUUUAUUUGGCCUUUGUUCUGUUGGAUUGUUGUUGCACGGCGGCAUACGGACAGCUCUCGUACACCGUUUUCGAGGAGGUAAAGGUGGGGACCUUUGUUGGAAACGUGGCCAAAGAUUUAAACCUAAACGUGCACGAGUUGGACGAGCGCACGUUUCAGAUUGUGAGUGGAUCAAAAAGGAAAUAUUUCGAGGUGAAUGUGAAAACUGGCUUUCUUUAUGUGAGUGAGCGAGUGGACCGAGAGGAGCUGUGCGCUCAGGCUGCAGCAUGCACCGUCAAUGUCGAGGCGGUUAUCAACAAACCUUUAAAGCUCUAUCGACUGGAAAUCAAUAUCGCCGACAUUAAUGACAAUGCACCGUAUUUCCUGGAGAAGGUUCAGACGAUUAACAUCGCGGAGAGCACUUUGCCCGGGGGGACUUUUGGUUUCAUCGGUGCGUCGGAUCUCGACGUUGGGACGAAUAGUGUUACUGCGUACAAGAUCAGUCCGAAUGAUUAUUUUUCUCUUGAGUCGCACAAAGGGGGCGAGAGUGUGGCUUCUAAGCUUGUGCUGCAGAAGCCUUUAGAUCGAGAGAAACAACGUUCUGUUACGCUUACUGUGACCGCAGUGGACGGCGGGAAUCCACCCAAAUCCGGCACGUGUCAAAUUCAGAUCAAUGUUUUAGACAAUAACGACAAUCCUCCUUUGUUUAGCAGUUCUCUGUAUAAAACACGGAUUGCUGAAAACUCACCGCCAAAUAAAACGGUCAUCACGUUGAAUGCGGCUGAUGCAGAUGAUGGCUCGAAUGGUGAAAUCGAAUUUUCACUGAGGAGUAAAGGGCAGGAUCGUGUUCUAGAUUUAUUUGAAAUUCAUCCUAAAACAGGCGUCAUUUUUGUCAAAGGAAAAAUUGACUAUGAAGCAAAUUCUGCCUUUGAGAUUCAUGCGCAGGCCACAGACAAAGGUCAUCCUCCCAUGUCUACUGAUUGUAAAGUGCUGGUCGAGGUGGAGGACAUCAAUGACAACGCUCCCGAGAUGAGUGUGACGUCACUGCUGCGCGCAGUCGAGGAGGACGCCGAGGUCGGCACUGCUGUUGCUCUCGUCUCCGUGAUGGACAACGACGGAGGAAGCAACGGUGUCGUGAAAGUUGCCAUCGCAAAUAAGACUCCUUUUCAAUUGGACACAAAUUAUAAAAACUAUUAUUCGUUAAUAGUAAACGGCCCGCUGGACAGGGAGACUCAAAGCGACUAUAACAUCACUAUUGUGGCGAUUGACGAAGGCGCUCCGCCUCUGUCCAGCACAAGCGUUAUUCGCGUGCACGUCUCAGACGUGAACGACAACAAGCCUCGCUUCUCGGAGCCCCUCGUGAAUGUUUACAUCAAAGAAAAUAGUCCACCGGGAGCGGUAAUACAUCAAGUGACUGCAGUCGAUGACGACGUCCAUCAAAACGGGCGCCUGACUUACUCGUUGCUGCAAAGCGCCACCGACUCGAUUCCGAUAACGACGAUGAUAAACAUCGACUCGGAGAGCGGCGAGAUCGUCACUUUGCAGUCGUUCGACUACGAGGCGCUCAAGACGUUCGAGUUCAAAGUCCAGGCCGCGGACCGCGGCGUUCCUCCGCUGAGCGGCGAGGCGAGCGUCACCGUCUUCAUCCUGGACGAGAACGACAACAGUCCCGGCGUCCUGCCGCCCUAUUCCGAGCACGGCUCGGCCAACGGCGAGAGCGUCCCCUUUUCUGCCGAAGCGGGAUACUUCGUGGCGAAGAUCAGGGCCGUCGACGCAGACUCGGGAUACAACGCGCUGCUCUCCUAUCGCCUGUCCGAGCCCAAAGGCGGCGACGACGGGCUCUUCCGGAUCGGAAGCGGCACCGGGGAGAUUCGGACCAAGAGGAGAAUGAGUGACGAUGACCUGAAAAGUCACCCCUUGGUGGUGUUGGUGUGUGAUCACGGAGAAGCCUCCCUGUCAGCUACUGUGUCUAUUGACGUGCUGGUGCUGGAAAGCGCAGCCGACGUCCGCGCUCCGUUCAGACACGUGCCCGGAAAGGAGGAGAGCUUCUCCCGUUUCCACUUGUAUCUGCUCAUCGCCAUCGCGGCCGUGUCGCUCGUCUUUCUGCUCGGCCUGCUGGCUUUCGCGGCCUUCAAAUGCCGCGGACGGACGGACGGCGCCCCGACGAUCGGCGCCCGCCCCGACGGGAGCCGGUCUUACUCCAAAGCCACUCAGCAGUAUGACGUGUGUUUGGGCUCGGACACGCUCAAGAGCGACCUGGUGCUCUUCCCCUCGGCCUUUCCGCCGGGGGAAGCGGAACUGAUCAGCAUUCACGGAGGGGACACCUUCGGCAGGACUCAGACUUUGCCUCAUAGCGAGAAGGUAGGCUGGCAAUGUUUUUGUCUUCCGAGGUUCUUUGUAUUUCUCGUCCCAUGAUGAAGUAGUGUGCAUUCACAUGUAGCCAAGAGUGCAACUCAUAUGAAGCACGAAGUACUUGUGGUCUUUUGAAAAGUGACUUUUAAGGCGUUGACUUUACGCAUUGCUUUCUGUCAAGCUGGUUGACUCCGAAUCGUACCUGUGACCUCAUUUAUCGCGACAACAGCCCAUAAUCUUGACGUAACUUGUUCAGGGAAGGGAAAAGAGCGAAAUGGUUCAAUUAUCGUGUGUUGUCAAUGUAUGCUGUGGAACGAUGACAUAAAUGUGACGUUGAGUCCUUCACAUUUGAAUCUGUUGACAUCUAGAAAGGUGAUAUCCUUCGAUGAAAGAGUUUGUACCCGUUUCAAUACAUGGCAGCUUUUACGCAGCACUCAGAAAGGUUUUUACGUGAACUACUACUCGCUUGUUGUCCGUGGUCCUGAAAAGGUGCUUUCUUUCCGACGCAUCAUCAGGAUUACGUACGUGAAUGAAUUUACAUCUCGAGAUGUACACUCCCCUCCAAAAGUAUGAGAACAGCAAGGUCAAUUGCUUUGUUUUGCUUGUUUACUGGGGACAUUUGGUUUUCAUAUCAAAAGAUGAAUAUGAGACCAAGUCUGAAGUCCAGCUUUUAUUUCAUGGGAU